GUGUGCGUAAUGACGUCACGUUGUAGGCUAGCUAUGAUGGCAACCGCAGGUUGACAUCGCUUCAAUGCUGAAUUGUAGAUUAUUAAAAAAGUUAGCGGGAAAAAGCCGUGACGUGGUAACCAAGGUGAAUUUAAGAGGUUAAGCUACUACACGCUUGAAACACACAACACACACUAAGCGCGCGGUUUUGGGGAAGGCUUAUGUAACAUCAACAGUUUGAUGACAUAUCCAGACAUCAUGUUCCUUGACACCUCCCUAUAAGCAUUCCUAGUCCCUUCAUUAUGACCUAUCUGUUUUAACUACUUAUGUAUGUUUGCAUGUUGAAGUGGCACUAUGCCCGCAGCUACCGUGGAUCACAGCCAAAGAAUAUGUGAGGUUUGGGCCAACAACCUGGAGGAAGAGCUGAAAAGAAUAAGACAUGUCAUUCGAAAGUACAACUACAUCGCCAUGGACACCGAGUUUCCUGGCGUGGUAGCCAGACCCAUCGGGGAAUUCCGAAGCAAUGCUGAUUAUCAGUACCAGUUGAUGCGCUGCAAUGUGGAUUUGCUCAAGAUCAUCCAGCUGGGCCUCACCUUUAUGAAUGAACAAGGGGAAUACCCUCCGGGAACAUCAACUUGGCAGUUCAAUUUUAGGUUUAACCUCACGGAGGAUAUGUACGCACAGGACUCUAUUGAGCUCCUGACAACUUCAGGGAUUCAGUUCAAGAAGCUGGAGGAUGAAGGCAUCGAGGUGGUAUACUUUGCGGAGCUGCUGAUGACAUCAGGAGUGGUACUGUGCGAUGGGGUCAAAUGGCUGUCUUUUCACAGCGGCUAUGACUUUGGAUACCUGAUCAAGCUUCUGUCCAACGCCAAACUGCCUGAGGAGGAAGUUGAUUUCUUUGAGGUUCUUCACUUGUAUUUUCCUGUCAUUUAUGAUGUCAAGUACCUCAUGAAGAGCUGCAAAAACCUGAAGGGUGGACUGCAAGAAGUUGCCGAACAACUGGAGCUAGAGAGGAUCGGACCACAGCAUCAGGCGGGCUCUGACUCUUUACUCACAGGCAUGGCUUUCUUCAAGAUGAGAGAGAUGUUCUUUGAGGAUCAUAUCGAUGAUGCUAAGUACUGUGGCCACCUGUACGGGCUUGGUUCUGGCUCCGCCUAUGUCCAGAACGGAACAGGGAACGCUUAUGAAGAGGAAGCCAACAAGCAGCAGUCGUGACAUCACACUCGCACCAUCAUGUGCGGCACAGAGGCCAAGCUUGGACAACCGGAUGAUGAUGAUAAGAAUGGAGAAAGUGCUUCAUUUAGCUGUUUGUCAUCGGCUCUGUUCGUCUUAGACAAUUGAGUAUAAUUGUCAGUAGGGAAAAGUACCACAGUUGUCCUCACACAGGACACAGUUGCACCUGUGUGAGUUUAACCUUUUACUCCGGUAAAGCAGCACAGACAUCUGGUUGGUUCGGUUCAAUUUAACAUGCUUGAAAAAAAAAAUGGGAUUUUAGUUUUCCUAAAAUGUUCUGUAGAAUUUUUUUGCACUUUAAAGCUCUAAUCUGAUUUUAUAUUGAAAGCUGAAAACGUAUCUGUCUCUUUGUUGCCUUCUCGAUGUUCCCAUUUUACAUUGUGAACCCGCCAUGUUUAUUUAAUGUUACCAUAACAUUUUGCCACCACACUCAGCCUUAAGAUGAAAUUCAUCCUUUUUAAGUUAUAAUUUAUUGUGCCGGUUAUCUGAUACUAAAAGAUGCCACUAAAUUACCGCAUGUUACCAUAUUGCCUCAAAAUGGAAAGGGAUUAUUGGGUGUGUUCACAUGCACAUAGCCGCUGUAAUUCUUUGCAAUUCUCUGCGCUACUUAUUUUUUGUUCUUUGCACCUAAAUGCCCCAGUGUGCCUGUGACAGACAUGAGGGGACAUGCCUCUCACCCAGUGGCCCUCUAGGUUUGGGGGCCGUGCUUAGCGAUUGGCUUUUUGGUGAAGUUUCCUGUUCAUUUGGUUGUUAGCAGUUGUCAAAUAAAGUCCAACUUGAAGCAGCUACUGUGUGUCUCUUCAAACUGCCACAUUGGUGUCCCCGACGUGAUUCAGUGUGGCAGUUUGAAGACACGCAGUAACUGCUUCAAGCUGGACUUUGUCAACUGCCAGUGGAAACUUCUUCUGGCGCCAAAACACUAAAGACGCCCCCCAAACCCACAGGGCCACUGGGUGAUAGGCAUGCACAGUGUUAAAGCUGAGAUUGGAAGUUGUAUGCACAUAAAUACAAUCGACUCAUACAUCUCAUAUCGCAAAUGGAGACAAAACACACUUCAUGUCGGACAUGCUGAAUACUCUGUUGUGACACCAUUUUCAUUCAUUUUGUUUUAAUUGAGGUUGCUUUUGCAGAGUUUUAGUGUUGUAAUUAAAGAAAAUAACACUUUACUGCUUGGGGAAAAUGGUGUUGCAUUUUAACAUGCAUCUUUUUCAUUUUUGUUUCGCCAACGUUCAUGCGUUGGCCUUUGGGUGAGAUUGUUUUCUGUCUGUGUCACAUUUCCGCUCUAACAUGCUGCAUAGACGAACCGCAUGUUCCAAAGGUUUUGAACAAAUGCAGUCAUUGAAUAGUGUUAUAAACAUUUGUAGGUGUGUGCUGAAAUAUAGAUAUUAACCAAGUUCAGUGUCACGAUGACUGAAAGGUGUGGGUUUUUUGGUCAUUUUUGCAGUGCAUCCUUGACACUGUAAAAGGAGAAAAAGAGUAUGAAAUACACGAGUUUUUAGGUUGUUUUGUAAAUAAAGGCUCAAAGCUUUUCUACUGAAAAGUACAAUUUCACUAAUGUCUGAAAGGGUCAAAGUUUAUUGUUGUACCGUGCAGCACCGAGUGCAAAGCAAUGACAAACAAGCACUUUGUUUUAAUAUUGUUAGGGACUAUAUUGCAUAUUGACUCAUACACACGCAUAGAAAAAUAUAACUUGACUGUAACAGUUAUGCCUUUUUGAAACACAUUCUUGAAAUUACAUGACUAAUAAGAAACCGGACAUGUACAAGGAAGU